UGAGUGUACACGAGAAUGUGCUAUGACGUCGAGAACCCACCUACGUUUCUGCAGCCGAUUGGACUCGCGCAGAUACCCAGCUAUCAUUUAAUAAACAGAGGUGGAUUGGACCUCUCACUUUCGUCGUGGAUCUCGUCGCUGCACUGCAGGAGCUAUUCACGCCUUUCCUCACUCCAGAACGCACCUGGGCACACGCGCGGCGUAACAGAAUAUUACCACUUCGAUCGGAAAACAGGUGGUGGUAAAAAGAUGAGAAGCGGCAUUUUGCUGGUGGCUUUGUUUGUCGCCAUGAAACUCCACUCAAGCCAGUCCAGCUGCGAGGAACAUGCACACAGAUCAACCGACUCAGAGGAGGGUCCAGGUUUGGGAAACAUCCAGCGGACCAUUCUGAAGAGAUAUAACGGUCUGGAUUAUGACAGCUUCGUCGGGCUGAUGGGGAGAAGGGGUGCUGAUAUAAAUGAUCUACCACCAUCUCCCCAUAAAAGGGAGAUGGACGACGUCUUUGUUGGGCUUAUGGGCAGAAGAAACUCUGAACUUGGUUUCGGCACUGGUAUUGAUAUUGGUCACACUGCUGACAUUGGUAACAUGCGUCCUUUGAGGAAGGAGGUGUACCCAGAAACAAGAAAAGGAGGUCUAUUCUUUAACAAGUGCAGACUGAGGUUUCGUCGUGGGUUAUAGACAAGACAUUCAUCUGGACCCAUCUCUACCAUCCAGCUAAGGAAACACCCCUUUUCAGAAGAUUGGAGAUAUUAUUAUACAAUACAGAAGAGCAACGAUAUAUUUUACAAAAACAAAGUAUUCUGAAAACUUCAAUGGAAUUUAAACUGACCAAACCAACAUAUUACUGUAACGUUCCAGAUGGGUUGUCAUAGUAACUAAUAACUAUACAGUUUGUAUAUAACAUGUAUUGUCACAAAAAAAAACAGUCACAUCUGAUAUGAUCUAUUUCCUUAACAUAGUUGGUUAUUUUUCCCCAAAAGUUCAAGACAAAACACUUUUUUGUUGUUGUAAAUUAAAAUAUUAAUUUAA